AUGCCACCACAACAGUUACCACCCACUGAUAUACAAUCUAUUCGUAAUGCAGCACAUGCUUUGAAUUCAACAUUAUUGUCACGUACUUAUAUCGAUGAAAACCUUCAAUUUAACUGUAUAAAUUGGAACAAAUUAAUUAGUGACCAACUUGAAGUCAACCCUAAAUUAGGAGAAUUAAUAAUAACAGAGAAAUUAUACAAUAAUGAUAAAAAUACCAUUAAUUUGAUUCAUGCAUUAGUGAAAAUAAUUGAUAAACAACGAUCUCAACAACGGGUUUUCAAUGAAAAUAUUUUAUCAAAAGAUAGUAAGAUUCAAACAUUAGAAAAACAAGUUCAAGAAUUAUCACGAAAAUUACAUACAUUAGAAAAAGGCAACCAAAAUAAAAUUGUUAAGUAUAAUUCAUUACUGAAAGAAAUUAAUCAAUUAACUAAGCAAAACAAAAUAUAUAGUGACGAUUUACAAAAAAUGAAAAAUUGGACUUUGGAUACUAAAAAUAAAUACAAGAUUGAAAUGAAAAGGAAAAAUCUUGAAAUUGAAAAUUUGAAAAAUAAAUUAUUAGAGAAAACUAGAAAUCUAUCGUCAAACAUUGAAUAUGGCGGUAAUUCAGAUGGUUUAGUAAUUCAAAAUAAUGCACCAAUAAUUGAAAAUUCAACAGGAAUUAUAAUCAAUAAUCCUAAUUUAAUUAUUGAUAUGUCAUCAAUUAUAACUAAUGAAGUAGAAGAAAAUUCAAUUCAAUUAGUGAAUAUUGUGGAAAGUAUAGCGAAAGAAAAUUUUAAAUUUACUAAAUUCAUGUCUAGUAUUAAAGAAUAUUUCACCAAGAUGAAUAUAUCAUUAGCUGAUUUCAAAUAUCGAGAUUUGGAAACAGAAAAAAUUCCCACACCAACUGAUUUAAUUGAUUUGAAAGAAAUUACUGCUGAUCCAGAAACUAUAAAGGAAUAUUUCACUGAAAUUGAACCAAGUGAAAUUAUAGCGAGAACAAUAUUAAAUGAAUGCUAUAAAUUAUAUCAUAAUAUUGAAACAUUAAUAAAUUAUAUAAGUCAAAAUGAUCCAUUGGAUAAAAAUAAUGAAUCAGCAAUAGCAAAAUUACAACAAGACUUGGAAGUAAUGAAAUCAAAUUGGCAAGAUGCUUUGAAAACAUCAGAAAAUUGGAAAAAAUUGGCUGAGCAACAACAAAAACAUCUUUCAACCUAG